GGCGAGUUUUGUCAUACCUCCAAGAACUUGCUCUACUUAUCGGAGAAUCAAUGCUAUAUUAGACGAACCCCCGUCCAGAUCGAGCGCCUGGAGACCCAGUGGAAUAUAAAUCAGGGUAAAUGUGGUGUAUGUGGCGACCCCUAUAACGCCCGGGUACGUGACAACGAGUUACCAAACGGUAAAUACACCAAAAACCUAAUGAUCACCCGUACCUACAAAACUGGUUCCACCAUCUACGUCAAAGUACAUGUGAUUAAAAACAACCAAGCACUCGACCUAUUGAGGAAUGACACUUCAGAAUCACAUACCGGUGCAAAAGAGGUGACUCAACAGUGCCUGAACCAGAAUAUACUUGAAGUAAUGGGUUCAUCAGAUAAGCACCGGUGGGUUAUUCCCACUAAAGAUAAUGACGUUAUUUAUGCAAUUCGUGUGAAACUGCCGGUUGGGUUGACGUGCGAUCGGUGUGUGUUUCAGUGGACAUGGAUUACCUGCGAUCACGGGUCAGGCAGUCGACAGAAUACUCAUAAAGCCUGUGCCGAUGUUAUGAUUAUUUAA